AUGGACCUUGAAAAAAUUGCCAUAGUUUAGUAGAUAUUCUCAUCGCUAUUCGCAGCAAUUACAGCCAUGCUUAUUAAAUUGGUCUAAGAAUUAGAUUUCAACUAAACUCUAUAUUUAAGGGCGUUAUGUAGUUUUGUUUUACUCGUAUUUGCAGUCAACCACUAUAAACUUUAAGCCUACAACUUUGAUAAGCAAACUAUGGUAAGUUUAAUAUAGAGAGGACUCCUAGCGGGGUUCGGUGCCUUCAUUUAUUUCAAAGGAUUAGAUUUAGUAUUAGUGUCUGAGUCUAUAAUCUUGAAUAGAAUGUCUCCACUAUGGACUUCAUUUAUUUAGAUUGUGGUUUUGAAAAAGGAGUAAUUUAAUUUAAGGUUACUUUUGAAUAUGGUGCUUUGUAGUUUGGGUAUAUAUUUAGUCACAGGAAAUACUAGAAAUCAGAAAUAACAUGAUGAAAUUGACAACUAAUUUUAUCAUAUAAUAGGUAUAUUACUGAUAUUGCUGGCAUCUAUUCUUUAAGCAAUCGUAAAUAUUUUAAUUAAAUAGCUCGAUAAAUAAGUUGUUAGCAUAGUAAUUUCUUGUUAUCAAUCCUUUUUUGCAAUAAUCUUCCCUUCAUGUAAUUCAUUAAUAACUGGAUCUAAUUAUAUAAUUCCUUCAAUGAAUACAACACUAAUGAUUAUAGUUCUAACUGUUGUCUCUCUUUUAGCAGGAUAGUUAUAAAUAAUAGCUAUGAGAUAGGGAAAAUUAAGUGUCAUUUCUAAUGUUAGUUAAAUCUAAAUACUAUUUGGUUAUUUAAUCGACUUUCUGGUUUUUAAGAUUACAUUUACCGGAGAAUAGAUUUUAGGAAAUUUCUUAUUAUUGCUAUCCAUAAUUCCUUUAAUUUGGAAAUGA